AUGACCGCUCCUUCUCAAAAUUUAAAUGGCCAAAAUAAAUCCCCCUCCUCCUCCUCUUCAACUUCAAAUUCUCAUUCAUUUUCUGCAGCAUUUAUUAUUGUUUUAUGGCGUCACAGACUUUCUCUUCAUGGAAUUAGAAAACCCAAAGGAAUUCGUUUAAUUAUUAUUGGACCUUCAGAUUUGCUUAUUAAUGAACAAGAAGUUGAUGUAAUUCACAAUGUAGAUGGCCCAAUAACUGCAAAAGACCACAAUUUUGCUGCUUUACUUCAAAAAACUAGAGAACAAUGUUCUGCUCUCGAAAAUGUUAAAAGAGUAAUUUGUACUUUCGAAAGAUGUUUACAAAGACAAAUUGCUCAAAUUAGGGAAGAAUUGGGAAUUGAGGGCUUAACUGUUGACCAAUUUGAUCAAUUAAUGCACAGGCAAAGUGUUAGGGCUAUUUGUAAAAGAGGAGGGCUACAAACUUUAAAAUUUUGUUCUUUUGGUUCAGUUCAAGGAAAAUUAGAUGAAUGGGUUUCUCAUGCAAAUACCCAAGUUUGUAAUUACCCUAUGUUGUUACGGCCAGUUUGUGUAGAACAAAAUUGUUUACAUACUUUAGCUAUUGCAAGAAAUAGUAAUGAAUUGAAGGAAUGGAUUAAAGCCCGCCCCCAUUCUUCUAAUUUUGCUUCAGAAACGGAUUAUUUAGUAGAAGAAUGUUUAAUGGAUGGGUUUGAAUUUAUUUCAAUAGCUUCGACAAGAACUGGAUUAAUUGGAACUUUUUGUUCAAUAGAUUCUCGUAAAACUUUAAUUUGUUCAGUUCUUGCCCAACAAUCAUAUUCUAUAGAAUAUUUAAAUUCUGAAAUGACUCGUGAUGUUUUACCUGGAGUUGAAAGUUUUGUAAUGCAAACAUUAAAAACUGUUAAAUUUAAUUUUUAA